AUGUCGUUCUUCCCGCAGGUGAAAUUUAUCCAUGACCAGUGCUCCCCCAAGCCCAAGUACCGCGGCUUCUUCCACGGUGUCCGAGAGAUCGUUCGGGAACAGGGACUAAAGGGGACCUACCAGGGUUUAACCGCGACCGUCCUCAAGCAAGGGUCAAACCAGGCCAUCCGCUUCUUCGUCAUGACCUCCCUCAAGAACUGGUACAAAGGGGACGAUCCCAACAAGGUCAUCAACCCCUUCGUCACAGGGGUGUUUGGAGCCCUUGCUGGAGCUGCGAGUGUCUUCGGCAACACCCCCUUGGACGUGGUGAAGACCAGGAUGCAGGGGCUGGAAGCGCACAAGUACAAGAGCACCUGGGACUGCGCCUACCAG